CUUUAUGAAUGCAUAGUUCUGCACGAAGGACGAUUGGGACAAGGAUUUGAUAGAGAGAUAACUGGUACAUGUCCCGCAUGUCCGACACAGAGGCUGUCCUUGUACGGGGACAAGGAUUUGAUAGAGAGAUACCUGGCCAUCUUGCAAGAAAUUGCAGGCUGCAGAACAGGUUCCAAUGUCAGCGAAAGAAGUCAGGGAACCGGGCUCACCAGCAACACCCUUCUAGAAGCAACUGCUCGAAUUGUGGAAGCCGGGACCAUUUCACCCGAGCUUGCCCUGAUGUCACUGCAGCAGUGAAUCACGUUCGGGUUGCCUCAGUGGAACAACCACAGGCAGUACAACUGCAACCUGCCCCCAAGCCAACAGAAUUGUUGGUUGAGGUGCCACAGAAUCCUAGGCGAUCCAACACUGCUCCCGAUUCAAUUGUUCGCAGAAACCAACCCGCAGUGGCAGAAAUGAUGUCGAUUCAUUCAGAAGUUGCCUCACCUGACACUUUCAGUAGUCAUGCAGAAGGAGGUAGGGAAACAAAUCCUUUCCUACAGUUUCAUCCGGUCCAACCAGAAUCCACCUUGCUUUCCCAUGAGGUUCCUGAGUUGCAGAAGAAAAGGAACGACCUUCUGAACAUUGGGUGCAGAGUUCUUGUUGAACAAAGAGUCAGAGGCCAGGGAAGAAUGUUCAUGCAGUAUGAGCCCUCGUGUUUUAUAAUUACUGCAGUACCCAAGUAUGCUUCUGGCUGGUACAUGGUAGAAGCAGAAGAUGGCAGUACUUACCGAUAUGUACGAGAGGAGGAAAUGAAGUUCGUUUCCUCACCAUACUAGCAUAAUUCUUCAUUUGUAUAUUUGUAAUUUUUAUUUAAUAUGUUGGUUGCGUUCCAAUGUAUUAAGAUGUAUUAGUUUGUAAUAACUCUAUGAGUACUUGUUAUCUACAUGUGUAUUUAAAAGUUUUUUUAAAAAGCUUAGUAGUUGCUGUACCUAUUUGAGAAUGUACAGAAUCAAGAGUAUUUUCUUGUGUUUUUAGCUGAUGAAGUGUAUAUUUUUUUUUGCUUUUGUCCUGGUAAAGCAAUGUAAUUUAAGUCAUGUCAUGGAGAUGUAUAUUUUUGUGUGAAAUAGAUUUUAGUGUGUAUUUUCUUGAUGGUAGAAUAUGUCAGCAGUAUGUAUGUAAUGCAUUUUAAGUAGUUUGUUAGUAUUUUGUUUUGCGAGGACGCAAAAAAAUUUAAGGCGGGAUGAAUGUGAGCUUGUGCUCCCAGAGCUAUAUUUUUAUAUAUUUUAUUUUUAUAGGCUAGUGCCAAACUUAUUAUUUCUACUUCCGCUUUUUGUGUAUAAAAAGUGAUGCCCACGCUGUUUUAAAACAGUUCAGUGUACAGUUGACCAGUGGUCAGUACCAUAUCUGUCUGUGUGACAGCUGAAGAUCGUUGUGGUCUGUCAUCUAAUUAUAUUUUUAUUCCUGUACCUGGGACAGCCUGCUAUUAUUACUGCUGUGUUGCUGCUUUGAGCUGCUGUUUAUAACUACUGUUGUUAGAUCUAUUCUAAUUCUAGGGAAGCUAGAAUCUAGUGUUAUUUUGUUUCUUUUUAUGCCUUGGUAAACUUAGUUAUAUUUAUAGUCUGUUUCUCAGUUUCUGUUCUUAGUGAAUAGUAAGGUACUGAGCCUAAGGAUAAGAUAUUCUUGUUUUAGUGUUAGUGUUAUGAGUGUAAUAGUAGGAUAUUGUAGAUCUAGACUAAUUUAUUGUAGUGUGUUUGUGUAGAUCUAGGUCUAGUGUAGUAGUUGUAGUGAUUUUGUUAGAUAGUUGGUUUGAUCAGUUUGUGUUAGUUAGUUUGUUAGUGUUUGUAGUGGUGUAGAUUUAGAGGGUAGUUUAUAGUGGUUAGUGUAUAUAUUAUAUUUUAUUAUUAUUUGAUUCCAUGUAAAUAAAGUUUCAUUUUGUUUAUUUAUACUAAACUAAA